AUGCCAACAACUUGUGGAUUUCCUAAUUGUAAAUUUCGUUCAAGAUACCGUGGACAAGAGGAUAAUAGACAUUUUUAUCGUAUUCCAAAAAGACCACAAGUAUUGAGGCAAAGAUGGCUUAAUGCUAUUGGAAGAACAGAAGAGACUGUUGUUAGUCAAUUGAGGAUUUGUUCAGCACAUUUUGAAGGAGGUGAAAAGAAAGAAGGGGACAUACCAGUACCAGAUCCAUUACUUGAUAAACCAUUAUCAAUUAAGUUGCCACCAAAAGAAUCUAAAUCAAUUGGAGAAAAAAGAAGGAGGAUAAAUACAACAUUAAAUAACAAUAAUAAUAGUAAUAAUAAUAACAAUAAUAAUAAUGAUAGUAUUAAUAAUAAUAAUCAAAACACAAAUUCACCUAAAAAUAAUAUAUUAGACACUCAUACAAAUGGAUCUCAACAAAGAAACAAUUCUUCAAAACAAAAAGGAAAUGACAUAAUAAACUAUACAGAUUAUAAAAGGAAGUGUAUAAAUCAGGAUACUGAUUCACGACCUUCAAGUUGUAAUCCUUUAAUUAAAAAAGAAAAUUCAAUCGUAAGUGAUUCUAAUUGUCAAGAUUCAGAUAUUUUAAAAAAUAAUAAUCUUGCAUUAUUAAAUAACAAUUCAUCAAUUUUCGGAACACCGAAUUCAUCAAUUUUUGGUAAUCAAAAUUCUUCUAAUUUUGGGCAAAUUUUUCCAAAUUUAAAAUUUUUGCAAUAUCCAUAUUUUUUACCAAACAUGGCAACGACUCGUACUAGUCUGCCUCAUAGACCAUUAGUUGCAUUAUUAGAUGGUCGUGAUUGUAGUGUUGAAAUGCCUAUUUUAAAAGAAGUAGCUACAGUUGCUUUUUGUGAUGCACAAACAAUAUCUGAAGUGCAUGCUAAAGUUUUUAAUGAAGCAGUAGCUGCUUUAAUAUGGCAAAAUAUGAAAUUAGGAAGAGAAGAAUUAGAAAAGUUUAAGUCGUUAAAAAUUAUUGUUAGAAUAGGAACAGUUUCAUCAAAUAUUGAUGUUAAUGCAGCAACAGAGUUGGGAAUUGCUGUUUGUAGUAUAGGUCAAGAUUGUAUUGAAGAGAUUGCCGACUCAACAUUAUCAAUGAUAUUAAAUUUAUAUAGAAGAACAUAUUUUGUUGCAAAGUAUGCUCAUGAAACAAGUAGAGCAAUUACAAUGGAACAGCUUAAAAGUGCAUGUGAAGGAGCAACAAAAAUUAAUGGAUCUACUUUAGGUCUUGUUGGUUUAGGACGUGUUGCAAUUGCUGUUGUCCAAAGAGCUAAAGCAUUUGGUUUUAAAAUAAAAUAUUAUGAUCCAAUAGUUCCACCUGGUUUAGAUAAAGCAUUGGGAAUAAAAAAAGCUGAUACAUUAGAAGAAUUAUUUAAAACAUCAGAUUGUAUAUCAUUACAUUGUCCAUAUAACGAAAAUACACGUUAUCUUAUUAAUGAAAAUACUUUAAAAAUUAUGAAAAAAGGUGUUUUUAUUGUUAAUACAAGUUCAGGAUCCCUUAUACAUGAACGUUCAUUAGCUGAAGCAUUAGCUAGAGGUGAUGUUAAAGCAGCAGCAUUAGAUUGUCAUGAAAUUGAACCAUUUGAUUCAUCAACAAAUAUUUUAUCAAAACUUCCUAAUGUUAUAAACACUCCAAAUACAUGUUGGUAUUCAUCUGAAUCAUGUAAAGAAUUAAGAAUAGCUGCGGCGAAUGAAAUUAAAUUAGCUAUUAUUGGUAGAUUUCCAGGAGAUCUUGAAAAUUGUAUAAAUAAAAAUGAAUUACUUUUAAAUACACAAAAAUCAAAUAUAUCUAAUUCAACAAAUCUUCUUCGUCGCAAUAUCCAACCAAUUGUUAAUAAUUUUACACCUAAAGCGCCUAUGUCCCCAAUGCAUACAACAAUAAAUAGUAGUACAGAAAGUUGUCCAUUAGGAAAUAUUUCUGAUCCUAUUUCUGUUAGUCAUGCUAUUGCUUUAAGUCAAAGAGUUCAAGAAAAAAUAAGAAAUUCAGUACCAGUACCAAAUGUUUCUAUUAAUGCUGGAUUUAGAUUUCCAACACCAUUAAUGAUGGGACUUAAUCCAGGUGUUAGUAAUAAUAAUAAUAUUAAUUUGUUAAUGAGAAAUGGUUUUAAUAAUUUUCAACAUUUAAUAUCUGGUGUACAACAAAGUACCACAAAUAAUAGUGUCCCAAAUUUAUCUGGAACACCAAGUCCAAAUCCUGGAAUUGCAUCAGUUUUAAAUUCAUUAUCUGUAUUUAAAAAAGAACAAAUAGAUGAUAAUAUUGAUGAAGAUAAGAAAAAAAAUAUAUCACCUAAAUUAUCACCAAUUUCACAUGAAAUUGACAAUAAAAAAUGUGAUAAUUUAUUAGAUUCUUCUUCAGAGAACACUCCAAUGGAGCAACAAGAUUGUGAAGAAGAAUUAUUAAAAGAAGAAGACAAUAUAAAUGACAAAAAAUUGUCUAAUAAUGAUAAUAUGACUGAUGAUGAUAAAGUAAAAAUAUAUUCUGAGGAUAAUAUAAAAAUUGAAAGUCCUGAUAAUAUUUUAAAUAAUGAGAAAGUUUCUAAUAAUACAAAUGAUGAGACAAUACCAAUAUCAACAAUUGAAAAUGAAGAAACAACAAAUAAUGAAGAAUCAACAGAAGCUCCAUUAGACGUUGAAAUGCAAAAAAAUAAUUGGUCACAGGAAAAUGAAGAAAACAUAUCAAAAUACGAUGAAAAAAUAAAAAAUUGUGAUAACGUUAGUAAUGAUGAAAUCUCUUAUACAAAUGACUCUCAAUAA